AUGGAUUCAAUCAAUGAAAGGUGCACUAAUUCAAGUACAUUUCACUAUGUAUUUAAGUUAAAACUAAUGAAGAAAUCGAUAAAUUGUGCACUCCUGAAUAUAACAAUUUUAUAGACAAGGCCAUCUACUUGCUCAAUAAUGGAUAAACAUUUUAAAAGCUUUUUGUUUGUCAAAAUAUCAACAAAGCAAUUGAGUUUGAUUUUUAUGUUCCAGAACUUGUAGCCUAACUUAUUGUAAAUUUCUAUUCUAAUUAAUGUUAGAAUAAGGCCAAGAAUGAAGAGUCCUCUGUAAUUAAAGAAUUAAUCAAAGCCUUAUGCAGUCUUAUCACUUCUCUUAAAGUAUUUUCAUAAAUUUAUUCUAGGAAACCAUUGUGAUCAAAAUUAAAGAAUAAUUUUUGAAAUAGCUUUAAGAAUUAUGCCAUAAUUAUUACAAUUCCCCUUUUUGUGAUCAAGUUUGUGAGCUAAUGCUAACUCUAUCAAAAUUUAUGGAAUUUGAUUUUGAACCCUAUCUCCUUAUUUUAAAUGAGGAUAGUGUUCGUUAUGAAGGAUUAAAAAUUAUUGAAAUGCGUUAUUAAUUUAUGAGUAGCUCAUAGUAGGCAUAAUCAUUGAAGCAUGUAAAAUAAUGUAUAGGUAGAAAAAAUGAGAGAAUGUGUAGAAUAAUUGAUCAAGUUAUUCUUAAACAUGAUAAAUUACUGAUGAUAUUAAUAAGAGAUUAAGAUUGGUUAAAGAAUACUAUUUCAUUGAUAUCUGAUUUUGAUAAAUAAGUUAGAAUUAAUGGAUGUAAAUUAUUUUUAAAUUCUUGGUUAAAGAUGGAUGAAUAAGGUUACGAGGGUCAUCUUAAACAUUAAGAUACUCUCAAAGAUAUUAUACAAAUUAUAGAAGAUGAUUCUACAAUGAUAAUUUUAUUAGCUUAAUGUAUUUCAACAAUUAAGAUUGAAUCUAUUUAAUAAGCUUUUAUGGAUUACAUUAGACCUCAAUCUAUUUAAAUUGAAUUAGUUAAGGAUUACUAUAUAUAUAUCAAUUAAUUUGAUUCUAAAAUUAGAUAAUAAUAUGAUGAUUUCCUCUUAAAUUAGAUAUCUAAUUUAAUUGACACAAGUAAAGAGUUUAGUUUUCUUAAACAUUUAUCAGACCUAUAUAUUCAAUUAAAUGAAUAAACUCAUCAAUAACUUCUUGGUCUUUUCUUUGGCAAUUUGGAGUUGAAUUAAAUAUUUUUCAUACCUUAUUUGCUUGAUAUCAUCAAUAAGGGAAAUAGAAUUAAAAACAGAUAAUUUACUGUUUAAUUAUAAAAAACAUUUGAUUUCUUAAAAAAGUCUAUUUUGAAUUAUGAAUAGAAGGGUCUAUGGUUUGAAGUAGAAGAAACUUUAAACAUUUUAGAAUGUUUGGCAAAUAAUUUAAACAUUAAAUCUGAAUUCAAUUCUCUUUGUUUAUCUUAUUUAAAUAUGGGAUCACAACAAAUAAGGAAAAAAAUCUCUGUUUAUUUAAUUGAUUAAAUUACUGAAAAUUAUGACAAAAUUAUACCAUAAUUUCUUCAAUAUCUUACACACACUCAUUAUAGAUAUAGAUUAUUAUUGAUUGACUUUUGUAUAUCAAUUUGUAGAAAAAGAAGUAGAAACUUUUUUAAACAAUGCAACUUAAUCCAAGUUUUGUAAUUGUAAAAUGAUCCAGUCUAUAUUGUAAGAAUGAAAUUUGUGUAAUUAAUUUAUGAAAUGAGAUUACUUUUUUGGAAUGAAGAAAAAGAUUUAGUAAUUAAAUUAUAAUAGAUAUUUCAACAAUUCUUAACAGAUAAAAAGAUCUCGGUUUAAUAAGUAUUCCAAUAUAUUUAUUAUUAAUUAGUUAGCAAAAGAUAUUAAUUAAAAACUGUAAUAAAUUCAUUUUCAUCAUCCAGAAACCAUAAUUAAACAAGAUCAUGCAAAUAGUUUAAAAGAAAAUAUGGAAAGUCUCCAACCUAAGCAUUAAAUGAGACUUAAAACUCCUACUAAAAAUAACACAACAGCAAGGUUACAUACACCAACAAAUAAGGUAUCAUCUUAAACUCCAACUUUAAAAAAAUAACAAAUAUUAUUUUCUAAACCUCAAACCAAAAAUACUUGCGUUCAAUUACCUAAAGUACCUCCAAAAUAGAAUAAUUCUAAGACUUAGUAAUUUUAAAAAAAUUCUAAAGAUUAUUGA